CCGCGACGUGACACAGUGACGAUAUCCUCUUUCAAAACCUCGAUGGGUGACUUAGUUGCCAUAUUCCAUGCAUCCUUCCACCCCACUAGAGGUAAUGUUAUAGAUUGGUCUGUAACAGCCAGUGGAGACUUCAACCUCGAUAAUCUCGAAUUCAGUGCUCUUCCUAGUGGUCUGCAUCUGGUGGAACAGGACAUCGUUUAUUUUUCGAAGGAUGGCCACCAAGGUGUUUGCGCAUUUCGGCGAGUCAAAUCAACAGAAGAUGGUCACAGAGGCUUUCGCCUGUCAUCCCUGGGUGUUCUACUCGCAAAAUCUACUAGACCGAAGCCUUGGCGUCAUGUAGCUGCACUGAAGGACCUCAUGGUUAUGCUUUAUGCUCGGAUGGAGCUGACGGAAACCUUGCAACCUUCUGAGACCGAUUGGCAGCCUUCAAGAAUGUAUUUCGAAUCACACGAGUCGAAGUCUGUUGAUCUUGGAGGAGCAGGAGACUGGUGUGGGUGGAGUCAUGAAUUGGACGGGGAAAAUCGUGAUCGGUCAAACAUUAAUCCGACACUACACCUUCCACAUCUUCUGCGCAUCCUAGGACCGUCAACUCUCACACUUUACAAACAUGUCAUCGGCAGGAAGAGAACCCUUAUAUAUACACUCCCUCCAGUGGAAGCAGCUUGUAUACUUUGUCACGUCGCGGCAGACUUUUGUUACGAGCAACAGGUUGAUACCACCUCUAACCGUUUACCCGGGAAGAGCAAGGAGGGGAUUCAGGUGCUGGGCAUGAUCACACUAAGUGACAUUGACCGGUUGCAAGCAGAAAGUAAAUCUGGGAGAGGGUGGAUUGCUUGCACCACGGACGCGUUAUUCCUCGAACGGCCGUCAUAUUAUGAUCUCCUCAUAGAUCUGACGACCUCAACGCCCAAUAAGGCAACACGACCUACCUUCUAUUCGUCUGAACCCAUUCUUCCUACUUCAAGAGGCCUGACUCAUCGCCUUUCCACCGUCCGCUUCGCUUGGAGUGAUGUGAAAUUGUGGAACGAAUUAGACCGCAUUCUUCAGCUCGACUCUUCAAACAGCCAUUCGUCCAAUUUCUCGUGCUGUACUCCUGGCUUCAGUGACGUUUCCGACCAGAAACUCGGGCUUAUCACCGCUUGGACCGAUGUAUGGCGUGUGUACGAAGAUGUGUGUCUCGUCUGCGCCAGUCUUUGGAUAGGCUCUUGGAGAGGUAAUUCCAUACAAUCUUAUUCGACGUCGAACGGUGCCGAGAACUGGGGCUCAAUCAGGCUAGAGGGCGACGAUGAUCUCACCUUGAGCACGAUUGCUGGCAAUUCUGAGAGAGCUCAAAUUCGGAGUUUGGGCGCAGGGAUCGAAGGUAGACCGUUAGUUAGUUUACCGACGAACAAACCGAUGCGAAAAACCAGUGGGAUGUUCCUUGGGUCCGGUCAAAACAAUCGUGCUCGGACUUCCGGGACGGCGACCAGGAAUUCAAAUACCCCUCAAAGUUAUACAGAUGCUGAAGUCGACCAAGCGGACGCGGAGUUGCUCUCGUCGAUGGAAUCCGAACGCGAGGAAAUGCAGCUUCGAACAACGCUGGCGCUUCUUCAGACGUUCCACGCACAUACCUCCUUCCAACUAUCGAUUUUAGAAUCUCUGCUUCCCCCACCCAGUGAGAGAUCGAAUAAUACGAUUAAUCUUGUACCGAAAGAUAUUCUGGCGUUUGAACUUGGACCUUUCAGCUCAGUCGAUGAAAGAUAUCUAGAGUGGUUGGUUACGGAGUAUGGUGGUGGUACGACGCUUCUGAUCAAACGAAGCUGGAAAGAUCUUUUGGGUGUCGUAUUUGGAUACGGAUGUUGACGCGUUGGACCCUGGCUAUCAUAUACCACCCAUGGACAUACCCUGCUCGUACUAUCUUAUUAUCACGUACAUACAUACGUUUCCUUUCGUUUCUCACUGCAGCUGUGUUAGCCAUUUCUAUAUGUACACCAGCAAUAGGAUAAUCAGUUGGUGGGAUG